CGGUACCCGUUGGAAGGCAUGAGCCUCCCCACGGUUAACACAGCAGCAGGGGAAGAGGUGAGUGAAGCAGAGAAUUAUCAGAAGAAAGAGUUGCAUAAUUGAAAUACAAAAUACGGGAGAAAGAGGUACAGUGCUGUACUGUACAAAGUAUGAAGGAGCUCACGGAUCGGGCCGCGAGGAUAAUGGGACCUUACAAUUUCGAGGCGCGAGCAAGAACGAGGGGGGGGCGGAAGGGACAGUGUACUAAUGGGGAGGAAGUUAGCCGAGCGGCUGAGACAACAAGGGAAGCUGGAAACAGUGAGCAAGGGGAUGCUUAUCAUGACGGCGGAAGGAGGGCCACCCAAGUGGAUGCCGAGUACGAAGGAGCCGGUUGAGAUAGCGCUGCUGCCAGGGCAGAAAGAGGAGACAAAGAUACGGGACCAGGCAUGGUGUAUGACAGAGCAAGAGGACAGUGGGAAGAACCUACAGCAACCGAGCGAGAACUGGCGAUGGGAUACAUACCAGGGGCAACAGCCGCACGAGGAGUACCAGAGCGAGAGCGAAGAGCCGCCCUGGGGCGGGCAAUGGAUCAGCAUGCAUUACGCAGCAGGGGAAGAGGUGAGUGAAGCAGAGAAUUAUCAGAAGAAAGAGUUGCAUAAUUGAAAUACAAAAUACGGGAGAAAGAGGUACAGUGCUGUACAAUACAAAGUAUGAAGGAGCUCAGGGAUCGGGCCGCGAGGAUAAUGGGACCUUACAAUUUCGAGGCGCGAGCAAGAACGAGAGGGGGGCGGAAGGGACGUCAGCAAUAGCCCCAUCUAACGAAAGGCAGGGAGCAGGGAAUCUCAGUUCCCAAGGAAAGGAUUGGAGAGAGGCAAGGUAGCAGGGGAGACUGAGGUGUAAAUAGACUAAGACUCAGUAG